AUGCCCACCGGAUUCGAGAUCGCUGGCCUCGCCAUUGCCACUACUAGCAUGGGCGGGACUGUGAUAUCCGAAGCAGUGGAUCGUGGCGGGAAAGGAGGCGCUCAGAAAACUUACGAUAGCGCUUAUACUCAGUAUACACAACUCAAAGAUCUGCGAGGGGAUAUUUUGAUUAAUCAAUAUCUGUCCGAUAAAGACAAGGAGCGAUUAGAUAACUCUAUACUACGGAUUUCAUUCGAUCUGAUGGAACUGCAAUCUAUGCUCAGCGAGCUUAAAGGGAUUGCGUACUAUCAACUGGCAACGUACACCGUCCGCUGGUGGCAAUUUAAUGGCCAAGUGAACCUGAUCCUCAAGUUGAUAGUAGAUGUGAAGUUAGAUGUCGAACAACGAAGUACUCAAGGGCGUAAUAAGGCUAUGUCACAAGGGGAGAUGCCGCGACCAACUUUUGAACCCUCUGACCACGGCAAACCAGUCAUGAUGAAUACAGGAAUUAUUUCUGGUGACUCACUGGGUCAACAACUGACUAACGAGAUAGCCUCUUCAACUGCAAAGGCCCUACGUUCCGCACUGGAGGACAACAUUGACUCCAGCUCAACGAUCAAUAAGAACCGAAGCACAGUCACACCAGGUAGACAUGGAGCACCUAAACUUACAGACACUGGGCUCAAGCCUGGGCUGAAAUGGGAAAUUUCACCAAAAUCCGCUCCCCUACCCGCUUCGUUGAUUCAAACCAACGGUCCUAUUCCUAGGAGUGGCACUGAUCAAUCAACGACCGCAGUUCGGGUAUCACCACCGAAUAUUCUACCGUAUACUAGCUCCGCUCUUGGACUCCUUCACGACGAUAAGUUUGGAAACCACCCCACUGAGUCAAAGGACAUCGCUAUCCUUCGCCGCUUAAAACUGGCCAUUCUAGAGGGGCAACACCCUUACUUCAAAGCCAAUAUUGAUUUAUCGAACCUACAAGAUCUUGUUUUGAAUUCCGGCUCCCGCCCUGUAGGGACCCCCUUCAACCAAUCGAUUGUAUUGGAACCGACUGUUCCUCAGUCUUCUGGGCACAAACGGAGGAACGCGCCACCGGCUCUUGAUGAUCUGGGAACCUCUGGUCCGACCAUCUUGGAUUAUGGCAAUGAAGAUGGCGGUGGUAAAUCGCAAGCUAAUACCGACAAAAUUACCCAGUCCGAUGCAACUAGCACCCAUCCGGAGGACGUGAACAUGGCGAAUCCUGAUGGCUCCAGCGACUCCAACCCGCCUGACGGGGAUCCCGGCUCUGAGAACAGACAACCUCCAACCCAAACCCUUGGUCGAUAUGUACUCCGUAGUCCUAUUAUAUCAGACUCUGGUAGCCGGGUGGCACAUCAGAGAAGGCUAUCUGAUACACCUACUAUGGUCGAUUCGAAUGAUCAGGCUGCCGAACCUGAAGUACAUGUCAAGCGUGAAUCACCGCCUCAUCAAUUAGCUGGAUCCCAAUCUCAAGCAUUAGAUCCGUCCUCGUCAUCAAUGGCUUCUUUUGUAUCCAACUCGACCGCGUCAACUGGGCUCACAUCCGAUGACGGAGUUGCAGUUGAGGGCACACAAGGCGUUGACGCAGACCUUGCUGGAUAUGACCCCAAGUACGGCAACAAAGCCGACUAUAUUCGGCGCCAAAAGGUUCGAAGCAAAGCCAUCGAAUCUAUUGAAGAGAGAACUCGACGCGUUGGACAUCGUCAAGAUGAUAAGCAAGAUGAUAAGGUUGGUCAGAAAAGUCCAGCAAGAUCGGCGAAUGUUGGAAACCACCAAGUUAAUGGGCCUAGCGUCUCCCCAAUCCGUGGACGUGAUCCAUCGUCGCGAGCGUACCAUGCUACAUCCGUCUCUGAUUCCAAUGCACAAGGCAAUGGCGACAUUAUUUCACAGCGAACCCCUUUAAUGGAUGCACCCCCACCUCUCGACUUCCAAACUAGCCCUCGCGGAAGACAACCAGCACCUUCUUUCAGACCACUUUCUCCAGCUUCAGGGAAGAUUCAGCGACCGCGCAAGGACUCUAUACCACCCCGAGAAUAUCGUCCUCAAUAUACUCCAUAUGAUGACCCCAGGUCGGCCCGACCUCGUCCCAUAGUUUCAUCACCUCCUCGUGGAUCCCCACCUCGCGAGACUUCAAUGCCGCGAGCAGCAGUUCAACGAACCACUCAAGAUGAAUUCGAAGGACUUGGCAAUCAUAGUUCUGCUACUCUUCCCAGAACUGAAACCCGAACUACUCAACGGACGACCCAUGAUGAACUCGAAGAUCUUGACAAUCACAACUCCGCUACUUUUUCUCGAAGUAAGGCUCGUGCACUUCGACAGGCUACCCUUGAUGAAAUGGAAGGUCUUGACAAUUACAGCUCCGCUACCCUCCCCCGAAGUAAAAUUCGCACCGUUCAGCAGACGUACGAUGAAUUCGAUAUGGACAAUUACAAUGCAUACACUAUGCCCCGAACUGAAACUCGUAGCUUUGACCUUCGUCCGUCAUCUCCUAUUUUUUCUGAGGGAAUGAGAGCUACUGGCUCGUAUAGCAUGGGCAGCGACACCAGCCGGUCUGGUCGUGCGCCUUCGCGUGCAUUACACACACAACUAUCGCGGGGAAGCCCUCCACCUCCAAUUCGAGACCGAACACCGUUCGGAUCGAGCACACUACCCGCGAAUCCUAGCACUGGCUACCGUCCAGAAGGCCUACCUGACCCUCCUAGCGCCCGCUAUAACCCUUAUGACACUACAUCUAGACGAGUAGAUUGGGUUUCCAGGGACUGGGAGCGCUCGGCAGACUCUAAGCCCAAGCUUCAAGAUCGCUUCAACAUGGAUCCCCAAUGGCGUGAUAGCCUAGAGUCUCGAAUGUUUAAUAGCCAUGCGGCUCGUCCUCUCCGAGAUGAGUUCACUCAGCCGACAGGUGACUACGCAUCGCGUUAUAGGAGGGAACCCAGCCCAGGAGCUCCACGAUACGCUGAUGGUUUUCGUAGUGGCUUCAGUCGACCAGUAGAGGUUGAAGGAAUCAGACCUAUGAAACGAUCCAGACCGGAUGAUACCUAUCCACCCCGCGGAGCAGGCAUGGAGCCAAAUCCUAUUAGUAUGGACGAACGUACGGGCUAUUACAGGCGCAAACCACCUCCGCGGGCGGAUGAUGAGUAUGAGCCUCGACCUCGCCCAGCGUAUUAG